AUGUCCUUCCUCCGCCUCAACAUCCUCCGCCCCGCCCUCUCCUCCUCAACCCCCCUCCCCCGCGCUCAGGCAUUCUCCUCCUCUUCAGCGUCCUCAAGACCGUCCCUCCUCUCCCUCUCCCCCCUCUCCUCCGCUUCUUCCUCACCGCUCGCUUCAUUACGCUUCCGCUCCCGUCAACAAAGAUUACCGCUCGGGCCCGGUGCUGUGGGGGGGAUGGGACUCGGUGGCAGCGGGAGGAGGGAGUUUGGGUGGACGAGGGUGGUAGAGGCGAACCCGCAGAAACAGACCAAGCUGAAGAGUCAUUCGUCGAGUAAGAAGAGGUUCUUUGCGAAUGCCAAGGGGAUGUUCAAGCGUGUAAGUUUUGACAAUAAGGAGCUUGGGAGCUUGGGGGAGGUAGAUACGUGGAUAUGGGAGAGCAAAGGUGGCAGAGGUGGAGGGUCGUACAAUGAGCCGGGAUGAGCAUGGUGCUCAAGAAGGAGCAUUCACACUGACAGAUGUCCAGGCCCAAGCUGGAAAAGCCCAUCUCAACACCCCCCUCUCCUCUUCCUCGAUAAACAGGCUCGCCAAAGGCGUCAGAGUGACCAAUACUCAGGCGAGGAAGCUGAGGAAGCUUUUGCCUUUUGCUUAGAAAUGGUUGAUGUAUAUAAAUGGUUGAUGUAUGGAACGCGGACGAUAUGUGGAGACAUUUCGGAGCCAUUCAAUCACAG